AUGAAGCGGCUGCUCGUUCAUGGCGGGAGGGCAAUCGGCUGCCCCUCCAGGAGCGCCGUGGAAGAUCCCACCGCCCUGGCCGCGCUUGGCAACGGCGUUCUACUGCCCAGGUACCACUCGACAGAGAAGCACGACGACAGUGACACGCUGGGCGAAAUCGGGGAGAAGGCAAGAACGACGGCGGAGGAGUUCCUGAAGAUGGCCAAGGAGAAGACCGACGACGUCGCGGAGGGCGCAAAGGAGACGGUGCAGGAGACCCAAGGAAGCGGUGCUCGGCGAGUCGGACGACGAGAAGGACAAGUUCAAGCAGCGGGUCGAGCAGGGGAGGUACCAUCAGAAAUAAGCGGGAGGUGUUCCCUUUGCUGUAUGCUCGCGUGCGUGCAGUCAUGGCCUGCCCAAAGCCAUUAG